AUGUCAACACCAAUGGAAAUAGAAAACCAUGACUGGCUCCCCACUGCAGGCGGGGAAGAGGGUAAAUCCAAGGAGAACCCUUCCAAUCUUGCUCCACCGCAAGAGGGAUCUCGCCGUCGAGCCGACACUAUGUCUUCUGUUAGAUCUUAUAUGGGCCUUAAACCGGAAGCACCAAUCGAUGAGGAGCAUGAGCAUCUUGAGCAUCACGAGUUGUUGUGGAGUCGGAUCCGACUAGCCCUUAGAGAACCCUUUGCCGAGUUCUUUGGGACAUUCAUCAUGGUGCUCUUUGGGGAUGGCUCCGUGGCUCAAGUGCUGUUGAGCGCCAGUAAUACUACCAGUACCAUAGCACCAGGGGGAAAUGGCUAUGGGAGUUAUCAGUCAAUAUCUUGGGGGUGA